UUCCCAUGGUCCCUCUCUCUCACUUCUUGCAGUUGCAGUGUUAGCCUAUAGAGCCUGCAUUAUCAGAAUUUGGGGGAAAGCGCUUACGUCAGAGCUCACCAUCCUGCUAUAAAAGCCUGAGCUGCUGCAGCAGUGAGCAGUCGAGGCUUAAACCUGAGCCCUUCAUACACCUCCACACACACUCAUACACAAAGAGGAGAGGGAGAGCAGCCUGUCUUCCUAACACACAGCCAUGAGUAGCAUCGGAUAUGACCCCUACUACUCCUCCUCCUCGCCAUACAGACGCUGGUAUGUCGAGGCUCCCCCACGUGUAGUGAUGACCAGAGGGAGGACCCACUCUGUGUACUCCUCACAUGCUUCCCCACUGUCAACCUCUCGUCUGCAGUACUCCUCUCCCAGCCGGGUGCUGCUCUCCUCCUCCUCACCAGCCUCAUCCCUGGAGCUGGAGCUCAGCCAGGCAGCCCAGAUCAGCUCUGAGUUCCGUGCUGUUCGUACCCAGGAGCGCAGCCAGCUGCAGGACCUCAAUGACCGCUUUGCCAGUUUCAUCGAGAGGGUGCGUGAGCUGGAGCAGCAGAACCGAGCUCUGGAGGCAGAGCUUAUGCUGCUGAGGCAGAGGUACACUGAGCCGUCCCGUCUGAGAGCACUGUACGAACAGGAGGCCCGGGCCCUGAGGGCAGCUGUGGAUGAGGCCAGAGCAGAACAGCAGGCUGCCCUUGGACAGAGAGAGCGUCUGGAACAGACCCUGACCGCCCUGCAGGGUCGAUAUGAACAGGAAGUCCUGGCUCGUGAAGAGGCAGAGGGCAGGCUGAUGGACGCCCGUCGUGAGGCCGACCAGGCAGCUUUAGGCAAGGCUGAGCUUGAGAAGAGCAUUGAAACUCUGCUGGAAGAGCUGGCCUUCCUCAAGAGGAUCCAUGAGGGUGAGGUGGCUGAGCUCCAGGCCCAGGUCCAGCUGGGCGUCCAGGUGUCUGUGGAGUCUGAGGCUGCAACCCCUGAUCUCUCCGGGGCUCUAAGGGAUAUCCGAUCCCAGUAUGAAAGGCUGGCAGCGAGGAACAUGCAGGCAGCAGAGGAGUGGUUUAGAGGAAAAGUGGGAUCCAUGACUGAGAGCGUGGCCCAGCACAGUGACGCAGUGAGGAGCUCCAAGGAUGAAGCAGGAGAGUACCGACGCCAACUCCAGACCUGCCUGCUGGAGAUCGAUGCCUGCAGAGGCCUCAAUGAAUCCCUAGAGAAGCAGCUGCAUGAGAUGGAGGAGAAGCAGAGUGCUGAGAUUAAUGCUAUGCAGGACACCAUUGGAGAGUUGGAAGGUGAGCUGAGGGGCACCAAACAGGAAAUGGCACGCUACCUGAAGGAGUAUCAGGACCUUCUGAAUGUCAAGAUGGCUCUGGACAUCGAGAUUGCUGCAUACAGGAAACUGCUGGAGGGGGAGGAGUCCCGCUUCAAUGUGGGCAUGGUUGGGGGCAUGUCCUCUCUGUACAGCCACAGUAUGUCAGCACCCUCCUUCGCCCGUCCCGUCCUCUCAAGCCUGAGCUCAGGCUCCUCCUACCUGAUGACAUCACGCCUGCUCAGCUCCAGCGUCAGCACCACCGAGGGCAUCAUCUCUGCAAGGCACGCCCAGCAAGCAGAGGCCACUCCACCAGCAGAGGAGGAGGAGGAGGCAGAGGAGGAAGAGGAGGAGGCAGAGGAGGAGGUAAAGGAAGAAGAGGCAGCGGAGGAGGAGAAGGAAGAGGAGGGAGGAGAGGAGACAGAGGAGGCAAAGGAGGAGGAGGAAGAAAAGGAAGAGGAAGAAGGAGGAGAGGAGGAAGGUGACAAAGGGGAAGAAGAAGGAGGAGAAGAAGAAGUGGAGGCAAAGGAAGGAGAUGAGGAGACAAAAGAGGGAGAAGAAGGUGAUGAUAAGGAGGAGCAAAAAGAAGAGGUGACAGAGGCUGCUGAAGAUGAGGGAGACAAAGACGACAAAGCAGAAGGAGACGACAAAGAAGACAAAGCAGAAGGAGAGGACACUGAAGAAAAAGAAGAAGAAGCACAAGAGGAGGUUAAAGCCGAAGAAGCUGACGACAAAGAAGAAGACACCAAAGUAGACGUCAAAGAGGAAAAGGAAGAAGAGAAGAAGGGCGAAGAGAAGGAAGACAAAGCGCCGGAAAAGAAAGACGUCAAAGAAGAAGCCAAAUCUGACAAAGACAAGGACAAAGCUGCUCCUAAAACAGAAGACAAAGCUGACACCAAAAAGGAGAAGGAGGAAGAAAAAGCAGCCAAACCUGAAGACAAGAGCACAAAGGCGAAAAAGUAAGCCAGCAGCACCAGCAAACUUCAGUCCAGUCUGCUCAUUAUAGCUCAAUAACCAGUAGCGGCAUCUUCGCUAUCCUGUCAGUACUGCUUGUUAACAUGGUGCUCAUUAAAACAGUCCAAUUGCCACUGACAAAAACAAAUCAAGGUUACCUGCUUGCCAAUAUCCAAAGUAGUCCGUAAAGGCCUGGUUGCACAAUUCAUGAUGAGUUUGAUAUGUGAAAUUGUUGAAUGCAAAGUCAAGUGAGUGUGAGAGAUUGUGGUGGUUAAAUAAACCUCUGUUAAAGCCA